GUUUUAGGAGAGCAAGGUCAAUGCAGAUAUUUCAGGAGUCAAGUUCUUCGGGCAUUCUACAAUGUUGAUCUAAGUUUUGAAGAUUUAAUUUCUGAGCCCAAAAAGGAAAACGUCUGAAGAACCAUUUGACAAGAACUGGAUUACCUCUGGUUGUUCAUUAAUAGAGACAGACAAGGUCGAGGCGGUAGCAGAAACCAAGUUGUUGAAAGCACGUUUGACAAGCACCGGAUUCCUUCUGAUCUUUUCGAAGUGGUAAGUAAUUUUUUGGUCAGACAUUUGUGGGACUAAUGGCUCUAGAGAUACCCAUGGAAGACUAUGCUUCCCAGAUAGGGAGAGGAAACUACGAGAGGUUAGAGAUCUUAAAGGCAAAACAAUUCCCAAAGCUCCAAUCCACAAAUACCAUGUUGCAGGGGACGGAGGACUCUGACACAAAUAUAUUGAUGGAUGAUACUUUAUAUGAAGCAGUAGCAAAAGAUGAUGUUAAUAAUUUCAUUGCUACAUUGGAAAAAGUUUCAAUGGAUAAAGAACUCCGUUUGGAUGCCAUUUUAGAUCAAAUGUCGAUAUCAGGGAAUUCAUUGCUUCACAAGGCAGCAAGUUUUGGAAGUGUAAAUAUAGCUGAACUCGUCAUUGAUCACUUCCCCUUCCUUCUUAACAGGAAAAAGAAUUUAGGCGAUACUGCACUUCAUGUUGCUACCAAGGCUAAAAAGUUGAGGGUAGUCGAAGUCCUCAUAGAAAAGUCUAGUAAACUAUGUCCUGCUAAUGAUAAUGAUACUUUAUCACAAAUGAAAAAUGACAUUGGAAAUACUGCCCUGCAUGAGGCUGUCAAAGCUCUUUUUCCUGAUGCCGUCAGUUGUUUGUUUUCGGCAAAUCCAAAAGUGUCAUACUAUUUGAAUGAAAAUGGUGAAUCUCCAUUGCGUCUCGCUAUUGAAACUGGUGACAAAGAAAUUCUUGAACGUCUGUUCGAAGCUCCCAGUGUAUAUGAUGAGUUAGUUGGAGGGCCUCAAGAAGAGUCACCUGUUUAUGCUGCCAUCUUAAUGGAAAGAAAAGAUAUUUUAGAAGAAAUAUGCAAGAAGAAUCCAAUACUAUUCCACAUACGAGACAAAAAGAGGAAGACGCCACUGUAUUUUGCAGCAUCCAAAGGUUACACUGAAGGUGUUGAGUUCCUGUUGAGCAAAUUUGGACUACAAGCCCUCGAAAGCAGUACAAAUGGUGACUUUCCUAUUCACAUUGCAUGCAAAAAAGGCCACAUAGAGGUAGUCAAGAAGUUGCUUGAACAAAAGUGGCCUAAUCCAAUAGAAUUACUCAACAAAGAGGGACAAAAUAUUCUUCAUGUUGCAGCUAAGAGUGGAGAAAACACUGUAGUAAAAACCAUAUUGGAAUGCUCAAAGCUUGAGGAGCUUUUAAACGCAGGGGACAAGAACGGAAAUACAGCUUUGCAUUUGGCGUCAAUGAACCUUCAUGCCUUAGUCCUAUGUUCUCUCACGUGGGAUAAUCGAGUUGAUUUAAAGCGCAAAAACAAGAAAGGCUUGACUGCUAUUGAUAUUGCUAUUGGGAUUCGGACAUAUUCGUGGAUUAGAAAGCUAACAACAGUUUGGGCCUUAGCGUCAGCUGGCACACCCUUGAGUGAAAAGGGAAAGAAGACUGAGUUGCUACAAGAAAGAGAGCCACCAAACUUGGAGCAAGUUAAGGGCCGAGUCGACUUAAUUUCGGUGAUAGCAGUGCUAGUGGCUACGGUGACCUUUGCUGCUGGCUUAACUGUGCCGGGUGGUUUUAAUAGCUCUGAUAAUGGACCUACAAGCCAAGGGCUGGCAACCUUGGGAAAUAAACGGGCGUUCCAGGUUUUCAUUGUCUGUGAUUCCAUGGCUAUGUAUUGGUCCAUGACAGGGGCUUUCCUCCUCAUAUGGUCAUUAAUAGCUGGAGAUGUAGCUAAGUGUGCCAUUUCUUGGGCUUUAAAACUAGUGGGAGCAGCUAUUUUUGCAAUGUCCGUGGCAUUCAUGUCCGCUAUAUAUUUAGUCGUGAGCAAUAUUUCUUGGGUUGCAUAUCUUAUUUUGGUCAUGGGAAUUCUCUACCUUUUCUGUUUCGUUGUACUUCUCAUAGCGUUGAUUUUCCCAUUUGGGAUUCGCCACCCUAUAUUCCAUUACCUUUGUCAAGUUGUCAUUCCUUCGAUGCUUUAUUUUACCCAACCUCUUAAAGUAGAUGACCAAAAGCAGGAGUCUUCUGACUCUUUGCCAGUGGAAAAAGACAAGCAUGAAGAGUCUCAGCCAAGGAACAAAGAUAGACAGGAGGAAUUUCAACAGAAGAAAGACUAGCUCACUUCAAAUAUACCAGAUGCUUGUGCAUAUAGCGAUCAACCUCAAGAGACUUCUCAAAAUAUAAAAGCUUGUGAGACUUCUCCAUUUAUAUAGAAGCUUUGUGAUUGUAAUAAACCAUUCAAUUCUUAGUAUUUUAGAUGCUUGGACAUUAUUAACAAGCAUCAUUUCCUAUGAAUUGUAAACAGUGCACGGUUUCUUUGCUUUGUUCAAAGAUUAGUGUGGAAUUUGUGGUUUUCUAUGAUAUCCCCUUAAUAUUCUGUUGUU